CACACAGCGAUGGCAGAUCAAGAGGGAUGGCGAAUCCUAAUGAAAGGGUUCAUUCGUUUUCUUCAUCCGCUCUUCUUCAUGUUUCCGCAGCCAACCCUCCAACACACUGCGCACACUCGAAUUGUAUACAUGUCUCGUCUGAGUAGACCUAUCCACAACAAGCAUACCAGUCGUGUUGGUCCUCCUUCGACCGCUCCAACACCACUGCCCUUGACCAUCCCCGAGAUCCUCGAGCACAUCCUCUCAUUCUUGAGCGACCAUAAACGGUUCCAUGUGUCAAGGCCCGUCUGCAAGCUGUGGUACAUCACCUCCCGUCGACUCGGCGCCUCGCCGUCCCUGUGUCUAAAAUGGAGCUGCGACCUUCCUGAACUAGAACUCGCCCGCAUUCUCAAAGCCCUCCCUUCUGCAUGUUACCUGUAUGUCUGGGCUGGUGGCGACGGUAGCGCCAGUGCAUGGUCGCCAUUGAUGGAGCUACUACAAAAACAAAAGGACGGGAACGAAACGAUCCAGUUGAACCAAAUCGAGAUUCAAGGCAGCUCUUUCUACGUAUCCCAGAUUGUACCCUUGCUAUCACUACUACCUUCCGUCACGACUCUACGACUCGUCAAGACUGGAAUGCGUACAUGGUCCAUGCUCCACGAACUUUUGGAAAACUGCCCUUGCCUGGAAGAGUUCCAUCUCUGCCCCGGAGAGGACACCCCCUUUCCACGCAGUCCUGCGCUGCCUUCAUCCGAACUGCCGACCUUGAAGCGAAUGCGAACCCUGGUCCUCCAGGACCUUGUCCUCAUUUCUGGAUCCCUCGAAAAGCUGGUCGAUGCCUGCCCCCGACUACAGGGGCUGAAGGUUGUAAGGGCACGCACAGUAUCAACGGGAUCGAAACAGUACGAUCGAUCGAUUUUUUUCCAACGCCUUGCCACAGCGUGUCCACAACUGCGACGACUCCACUUUUCGAUCAAAGGUCGACGGUACACUGAACGUGAUCUCUGGACGCUCUUUCACAAGGAAUUCCCUGCGAUCAAAGAGUGGUCGUUUGUGGAUAGCGAGAUGGUUCGGCCACAAGACAAUGGAACUCAUUCGUCAUUAGCUCUCUGGUUGGAAAGAUGGUGCGGGAUCGAGAGGACGCCAUCUCGGUUGACCGACCGAUCGGAGCCUUUCCUAGCAUUACAUGAAAAGCUACAGGAGAGUGAACAACCAAAGCUCAAUCCACUAUUACAUAGAAACCAAGUGACAUGGCUUGAGCUUACAGGACCUCGGACACUUUGCCUGAUUCGAGACGGGGCAACGGCUUUGCAGAGUUACCUUUGCCAAUCUCCGCAUUUAUUACACUUAAUCGUACCCAAUAUGGCGAUCUUUAUCGAGGAUCUGGAUGUGAACGACAUGAUUCCUGAGUACUCUCAGCGCUACCUCCACAGCAAGAUCGAGUCGGCAAGACAGCGAAGACAACGAGUUCCAUCCCACACCUUUUCAUCCACAUACCCAUGUGUGGCCAUCUCGGCUCCGUUAGCAUCGAUAUGCAGCAACAAACGGAUCUGGGCUUGUCGGCACCUCCAGACGCUCCAUAUCGGUGUUGCACCACUCGGCCCCGGGGAUGGUGGAGACACAGGCCCUUUGAUCCUGUUUGGGUAUCUCGGCCGAGUGGCCCCACAUCUUCGAGACCUAUUCAUCCGUCGAUGGGGCAUCAACCUCGCUAGCAAGGGAGCGCUUUGUUUGUUGACACGACUGCGACAUCUGGAGAAACUUGUCAUCGAUUGCGACCGUCUCCAUAAAUUCGAACUAAAGGACUUGGAAUGGAUAAGACGGUACCCGAGACUUGACCUCGCAGUGCUAUUCAGAAAUUCAUCGCCCCAUCGUCAGCCCGGGUGCCUCUCAAAGGAGUGGCCAAGUUCUUUUAAAAGAAUAUUUUUUCCCAGGAAACCCCCCCAAAAGGAAUUGAGUCGUCAUCAGCAGAAGAAGCAACUGUAUCAGCAACAACAGAAGCAACAGAACGACGGUAUGGAUGUGAUUGAUAUGGGUUGCGUAGGGCGGGAGAUUGAUUUGAGAAACUGGAAAAAGGAACGUGAUUAUGAGAUCGAGUGGGGAGAGUCAUGCUGGCCCUGCUUGGAUUCCUUCGAGGUCCGAUAUGGCGAGCAAAGCGCAUGGUUAAAUGAUGAUAAAAAGCCCGCCUUCCAGUCCUUACGAUCGGAUGCACAUAUCCAAUUUGUCUGCAGAACAUUCGAGUCGACAUGA